ACAUCAACUUGACUUGCAGGUAGUGUGUGUGGUCAGGCCAUUGCUGAUCAUCCUGAUGUACGUAAGCUAGGUUUCACUGGCAGCACAGAAAUUGGUCAAGUGAUCAUGAAGUCAUGUGCUGUGAGCAACUUAAAAAAGGUCUCACUGGAACUUGGGGGAAAAUCACCUUUCAUCAUCUUUGCUGACUGUGAUCUAGACAAAGCUGUUCGCAUGGGUAUGAGCAGUGUCUUCUUCAACAAGGGUGAGAACUGUAUUGCUGCAGGAAGACUUUUUGUUGAGGAGUCCAUCCAUGAUGAGUUUGUGAGUCGAGUCAUUGAAGAAUGCAAAAAGAUGGUAAUUGGAGAUCCAUUGAACCGUGGCACUGCCCAUGGACCACAGAAUCACAAGGCUCACUUGGAUAAAUUACUGGAGUAUAUUGACAUUGGUGUGAAGGAGAGUGCUACACUGGUGUAUGGUGGCAAGAGGGUAGACCGACCAGGCUACUUUCUUCACCCAACUGUGUUCACCAAUGUUGAAGAUCAUAUGUACAUUGCCAAGGAGGAGAGCUUUGGUCCUAUCAUGAUUAUCUCUAAAUUUGGAAAUGGACAAGUUGAAGAAGUGGUAGCACGAGCUAACAACACAGAAUUUGGUCUGGCCUCUGGAGUUAUGACAAAAGACAUUGGUAAAGCUUUACUUGUGUCUGAGAAGUUAGAUGCUGGUACAUGCUUUGUCAACACCUACAACAAAACUGACGUUGCUGCACCAUUUGGUGGAUUCAAGCAAAGUGGCUUUGGAAAAGACCUUGGAGAAGAAGCACUCCAUGAAUACCUUAAAACUAAGACUAUCACCUUCGAAUAUUAGGUUUUAGGUAGAGUAAAACAAUUACAGAAUUUUUCAUGUGUAGACUUUUAUACAAAUAAAUUUUUUUAAGAAAAUA